AACACAUGUUUGACUCAUGGGACUUACAGCUCAGCAAGUAAACGAAGGGGUUGUGCAACGUGUCGCUUAUCCUGGCGGCGCUUUGACCCUGCCAACUUGGCCGAGUACUCCAGCAGUUCAAACGAAAAUAGCUUCUGUGGAUCACUGGCCCAGCACGUCUAAUCGGAGCGCCCGGAUAUGUCGGGCUCCAUUAUCCAAGGCUAUGCAGCGCAUUAAAGUCUUUGCUCUGUUAAUCAUUGGCAUGAUUGAGACAACCACCAAGUAGAUUCCCCUCCCAUUAGAGGAGGGGCAACAUCUAGCCU